GGAGCCGCCUGCGGGGCGGUGGCGCGGGAGGAGGCGGCAGUACCGGACACCGGCGGGCGCCCAUGGGGCUUUGAGGACGCCCCCCUGCCCAUCCCACGCGGGACAGAGGACGCGCUCGGCCGGCAGGAUGGAGGGGCAGGUGGGGGCGGGCGGCGGCGGCGAGGAGCCGCUGGGCUCCGGCAGGGCGAAGCGGAGCGGACGCGCCGCGGAGGAGGAGAGCCGUAACAAGCCCAAGCUGAAUAUUCAAAUAAAAACUUUGGCAGAUGAUGUGCGUGACAGAAUAACGAGCUUCAGAAAAUCUGCAGUGAAAAAAGAGAAGCCUCUCAUUCAGCAUCCUAUUGACUCUCAACCUUCUAUAAGUGAAAUCCCGCUUGCCCAGGCACUUGUGGAUGAACGUUGCAUGAACUUAUCAGAAAAAGAAGUUAUGGAUCUCUUUGAAAAAAUGAUGGAAGACAUGAAUCUAAAUGAGGAACGUAAAGCUCCUUUGAGAGAUAAAGACUUGACCACAAAACGGGAAAUGGUUGUCCAGUACAUUUCUGCAACUGCCAAAUCCAUAGUCGGAAGUAAAGUUCCGGGUGGACUGAAAAACAGCAAGCAUGAAUGCACGCUGUCUUCACAAGAAUAUAUUCAUGAAUUGCGAUCUGGAAUUUCAGAAGAAAAGCUUCUUAAUUGUCUAGAGUCUUUGAGAGUGUCUCUAACUAGCAAUCCAGUGAGCUGGGUUAACAAUUUUGGACAUGAAGGUCUUGGACUUCUAUUGGAUGUAUUGGAAAAGCUUCUGGACAAGAAACAGCAAGAAAGUAUUGAUAAGAAGAAUCAACAUAAACUUAUCCAGUGCCUCAAAGCAUUUAUGAACAAUAAGUACGGAUUGCAAAGGAUUCUAGGAGAUGAAAGGAGUCUUUUGCUAUUAUCAAGAGCAAUUGAUCCAAAGCAACCACAUAUGAUGACCGAAACAGUGAAAAUCCUUUCUGCUCUCUGUAUUGUUGGAGAGGAAAACAUUCUGGACAAGCUUUUAGGUGCUAUAACAACUGCUGCUGAAAGGCACAAUAGGGAACGUUUUUCUCAGAUUGUUGAAGGACUGGAAAAUCAUGAAUUCUUACAACUGCAGGUCGCAUGUAUGCAGCUCAUCAAUGCCCUUGUUACAUCUCCAGAAGAUCUUGAUUUCAGGAUACACUUGAGAAAUGAGUUUUUACGUUGUGGCCUGAAGAAAAUAUUGCCUGGCUUGAAAGAUAAGGAAAAUGAAGAGCUUGAUAUUCAGCUGAAAGUGUUUGAUGAGAACAAAGAAGAAGACUUAAUUGAACUGUCACAUCGUCUCAAUGAUAUCAGAGCUGAAAUGGAUGAUGUGAAUGAGGUGUUUCAUCUACUGUAUAAUAUGUUGAAAGAUACUUCUUCUGAAAACUACUUCUUGUCAAUUCUCCAACAUUUCCUGCUCAUCAGGAAUGAUUACUAUGUCCGACCUCAGUAUUACAAGAUAAUAGAAGAAUGUGUAUCACAGAUAGUAUUGCACUGUAGUGGAAUGGACCCGGAUUUUAAAUGCAGAGGAAGAAUGGAUGUGGAUUUUACUCAUCUUAUUGAUGCAUGCGUGGACAAAGCUAAAGUAGAAGAGAGUGAAAAGAAAGCAGCGGAAUUUUCCAGAAAGUUUGAUGAAGAGUUCACAGCUCGACAGGAAGCACAUGCAGAGCUACAAAAACGAGAAGAGAAAAUCAAAGAACUUGAAACAGAAAUCAAACAGCUACGAACGCAGAAACUGACAGAAACAGCACCAUCAGGUCAACUGACAGAAGUAGCACCAUUACCUCCGACCCAAACAAAUGAGAACAUUCCACCACCGCCUCCAUUGCCUGGUGGAGUAAUGCCACCUCCACCACCUCCACUACCCGGUGGAGUAAUGCCACCGCCUCCGCCACCACCUCCACUGCCUGGUGGAGCGAUGAUACCUCCGCCGCCUCCGCUGCCUGGUGGAGCAAUGAUACCUCCACCACCUCCGCUGCCUGGUGGAGCAAUGAUACCUCCACCGCCUCCUCUGCCUGGUGGAGCAAUGAUACCUCCACCGCCUCCCUUGCCCGGUGGAGCGAUGAUACCUCCGCCACCUCCACUACCCGGUGGAGCAGUACCACCUCCACCACCUCCACUACCCGGUGGAGCAGUACCACCUCCACCACCUCCACUGCCCGGUGGAGCAAUGCCACCUCCACCGCCUCCGUUGCCUGGUGGAGCAGUGCCUCCGCCACCACCUUUUGGUGGUCCUCCAAUGCCACCACCUCUUGGAGGUGUUCCAUUUGCUCCCUUUCCAGUGAUACCAGCAUUACCACAUGGGAUGAAGGAGAAGAAGAAGUAUAAACUAGAAGUUGCAAUGAAGAGAAUUAACUGGUCAAAGAUUGAGCCUCAAGAGAUAGGAGAAAACAGCUUUUGGGUAAAAGCUGAAGAAGAUAAAUUUGAAAACCCGGAACUGUUUGCAAAAUUGGCGCUUACAUUUGGAACACAAAUGAAAGCUAAAAAGACAGUAGAAGAAUCAGAGGAAAAGAAAACGGUUCAGUCAAAGAAAAAGAUUAGAGAAUUAAGAAUUUUGGAUGGAAAAACAGCACAAAAUUUGUCGAUUUUUUUGGGUUCUUUCCGUUUGCCUUAUGAAGAAAUAAAAAAUAUAAUUUUAGAGGUUGAUGAAGAGAAGCUGAGUGAAUCCUUGAUUCAGAAUCUAGUGAAGAAUCUUCCUGAGCAGAAAGAACUCAAUGCCUUAGCCGAAUUAAAGGAUGAAUAUAAUGAUCUUGCUGAGCCAGAACAAUUUGGAGUUGUGAUGAGUUCAGUGAAAAUGUUGCGGUCACGUCUCAAUGGGAUCCUUUUCAGGCUGAUGUUUGAAGAGCAUGUAAACAAUAUCAAACCUGACAUUAUGGCAGUUACACUUGCUUGUGAAGAGCUGAAGAAGAGUGAAAGCUUCAGUAAGCUUUUAGAGUUAGUGCUGUUCCUUGGAAACUAUAUGAACUCUGGCUCCAGAAACGCACAGUCUCUUGGUUUUAAUAUCAGCUUUCUUUGCAAGAUUCGUGACACUAAAUCAUCAGAUCAGAAAACAACCCUAUUGCAUUUUCUGGCAGAAAUCUGUGAGGAGAAUUACCGAGACAUCCUAAAAUUUCCAGAUGAAUUGCAGCAUGUUGAAAGUGCAAGUAAAGUUUCAGCCCAGACUCUGAAGAGCAACCUUGAUUCAAUGAACAAUCAGAUCCAGCGCCUGGAAAAUGACAUUAAGAAUUUCCCUAAAACACAAGAUGAACAUGAUAAAUUUGUAGAAAAGAUGAGCAGCUUUGCUGAAAGUGCCCGAGAGCAAUAUGAGAAAUUGUCCAACAUGCACAACAACAUGACUAAAUUGUAUGAAAAUUUGGGAGAAUACUUUACCUUUGAUCCCAAAGCAAUAAGCAUAGAAGAAUUCUUCGGCGAUCUGAGCAACUUCAGAACUCUGUUUUUGGAGGCAUUAAAAGAAAAUAACAAAAGAAGAGAAAUGGAGGAGAAAACAAAGAGAGCCAAAUUGGCGAAAGAGAAGGCUGAACGAGAGAGGCUGGAGCGACAGAAGAAGAAGCAGCAGUUGAUUGAUAUGAACAAAGAGGGUGAUGAGACGGGAGUGAUGGAUAGUCUGCUUGAGGCCUUGCAGUCAGGAGCAGCAUUCAGAGAUCGCAGGAAACGAACACCAAGACCACAAGAUAACAGACGAGUAACUUUGGAAAGGUCGCGUUCUCGCCACAAUGGAACAAUUGCAGCUGUAUGACUCUUCUGAUGCCAAAGAACUAGUGAAUUGUUUUAUUUACAAUUAAAUGGAUGUACUUUGAAAAGAGUUUAUCAUGCAAAUUGGCAACGAUCAUAAAGGAAUACUGGUAUUGAUUAAAUGAGAAGAUGUAUAAAUAUUAUGUAUCUUAAAAGCUGUUGCUAAAUAAUCCACAUACUGUAUCUUAUUACCCCAACUACCAAGAUCUGUAAACAGUGUUAAACAAUAGGAUAUUACCUUAUUUUCUUAUGUUCUUUCUUUAUUUUUUCCCCCUUUUUUUUAUUUUAUUUUUUUUUUAAAGCUGGCAACUCACGUGAAAGGAGUUGGGGAUUUCUAGGUUAUGUUUUAUAUGGGUAAGAAAAUACAAAUUUGUUGAAAGAAUGCAGCUGUGGAUUCCAUUUACAGUCUGAUUUGGACAUGAAAGGAAAAAAUAAUAAAAUUGUAUGUUAAUAAAUUCAGAGAUGAGCUGAUCUACAUUAUCAGAAUCUUUUUUGUAACCAUAAAAAAGCAACGUGUAGCCCCAGUCAAGUUGCUGAAAAUCAUAUCUUGAUGUAAAGCCUGGUGGAUUCAGCUGUUUUUGCUGCAAGUAGGAUAUACCACUUAUCUACGCUUUUGGUGAUAUGGUGAUGUAUAGUUACUUAUCACUGCAAGAAAAAAAAAAAAAAGAAAAAAAUUAAAUAAAACAGAGCAUAGGAUUUUACCAAAAUGAAAUGAUAUCAAGGGCAGAAUAUGUUUUUAACUGUAUCUAAGGAGGGAUUUUUCUAAUCAUGCACUUAUAUAUUCUUUAUAAAAAUAUUUGGAGGAAAAAAUGAUUGUCCUAUUUUAAUUACGCUAAAAAUACCUUUGUGUAGGUUUUUAGAGACAAGCUACGUCAUAAAGUUAUUCAGAACUGCCUCUUGAGUUUUUCCUCUGUUUCUCAGGUAAUAUAUGUAGCGGGAUCUCCACUGGUGGGUUUUAGUGCUGAGGAUGUUAGCAGCUAAGGAUAAAUUUUCUACCUGGAGCACUGUCUAGCAGUGAUCAAUGAUUGCAGCAGUCUGAUUUUUCGGGAAGCUCCUCCCAUUCUGCGUUGUAUCCAGGCCCUGCACUGCAGUACCUCAGGUGAGCAGUCAGUUCAGUAGCUGACACUGUGUAUGUUCUGCCACUCAAUGGGAGACUCUUGUUGCUUUUUCUCCCCAAACUCUAUUUGAAUGUACGAUGUUUGGUGUUCAGGUCAGUCUUCACCAUCCUUUUCACUAAAAGUUCAUUGCUUCUCUGGAUGGGAUGGAGGAUUUUAAGUGGGAGUUCCAGUGGAACUACUCAUGCGUUGCUCAGCAAUGAUAUU